UCAGGAUGGAGGGAGUGGUGGAGAAGGCUGCUGAAGGCGUUGGUUGAAAACGCAUGAUGGUUUGGCUAUGCGUCUUGGACCAUCGAGCGAUCUAUUGCUCGGGAUGGUCAAUUCAGUCCGAGAAACAUCAACUCCAAACUUACUGGCAAUGCAGCCUUUCCAGACCCCCGCGACUUUCGAUUUCGACAUCGUAGGUGGAAUGGAUGCAAUCACUGAUCGAGGAGAAGCGCUCAUACCCAGUCUCGACUCGAUGGGGCGUAGAGAUAACGGCCGCUAAGUCAAAACAACACUCAAUAGCCAGGAAUAAUCGGUAUGAUGUCCAAGACCACAUUCUAACAAGGCAGCUAGCUACCUCAACUGGCCGAACGCACUGCAUACAAUGAGAUUCUGCCGAUUUUGGAGCUGUGCAUGAUCAAUAUAAGACUUAAUCAGAGCUGUGAACGCUGCAUUGCUACCCAGAACUGAAGCUCGCAAUUUCUUUUACAGUAGCUGCUUGCCAGCGAAUUUCUGGCCUGAGACAGAAAAGGAUAUCCCAGGUUUACUUGUAAUGAGUGUUAGUCGAAUUCAUCUUGCAGCGCCUGCAUUCUGUGAUGAAAAAUCUCAUCGUAUAGUUAGUCGCUCCACUGCGGUUCGAUCCGUUGACUCUGAGUUGAAUUACAUACAGUAUGGGACCGGCGUG